AUACUUUCAUUACAAUUUACACCCUUCUCUCUCCCCCACGAUCUAUCUUCUCCCAGUAACCCAACGGUCAUAUAUUCCUUGUAAAAGAAACCCUCCAUCGUCAAACCUUUAAUCAUUACUUCAACUGUUCAACAAUGGCUCUGGAACUUUCUUGUUCUGUCCACCUUUUCCUCAUCGUCUCCACCACAAUCCCCCUAUGCGCCACCGCCUUCUCCUGGCCUACCCUCCGCCAACAACAAUCACAACCCUACGGCGUCUCAAUGAAGCUCUGGUGUGUCGCCAAGAACAACGCCGACGACACCGCCCUUCAAUCCGCCCUCGAUUGGGCUUGUGGAACCGGUGGAGCCGAUUGUGCUCCCAUCCAGCAGGGCGGCGGUUGUUACGAUCCCGCGGACAUCAGAAGAACAGCGUCGUAUGCGUUCAACAAUUACUGUAUCAAGAACGGAAUGACGGAAGAUACCUGCAAUUUCGCCAAUACCGCCGCCCUCACUUCCCUUGAUCCAAGUCACAGCAACUGCAAAUUCCCAUCGAGUUCGGAGGGGAAGAGUGGAGAAGGAACGACGGCGGUAGGCGGAGGCGGAGGAGGAGGCGCAUCGACUGCAGAUCUUACAAGUAAAGGAGUGAAUAAUGGUGUGAUCACGGAAGAGCAGGUCCUCCGGACUCCGGUCACCAUCUCCGGUGAUCACCUCCUCUAA